GGCACCAAAGAUUUAUGGGAGCAGCUGGGUGGAAAUGCUUCCGGCUACUUUCCCCCGAAAAUGCUUCCGGAAGAGGCGGGAUGGCGGCUGCGCAUUUUGAGGCGGGGUACACGCUGUGACCAGAGGCGGAUACGAGCAGUCAGCCGAGACCCCAGCCCGGAGCGCAGAGAGCGCGGCCUGUGUAGGAGACAGGAUGCCUGGACUAAGCUGUAGGUUUUACCAGCAUAAAUUUCCAGAAGUUGAAGAUGUGGUCAUGGUCAACGUCCGCUCCAUUGCAGAAAUGGGAGCCUAUGUUAGCCUACUGGAAUAUAACAAUAUCGAGGGCAUGAUUCUGCUCAGUGAGUUGUCCAGAAGACGUAUCCGUUCUAUAAACAAACUCAUCCGAAUUGGAAGAAAUGAAUGUGUUGUUGUCAUAAGGGUGGAUAAAGAGAAAGGUUAUAUAGACUUGUCAAAAAGAAGAGUCUCUCCAGAAGAGGCAAUAAAAUGUGAAGACAAAUUCACCAAAUCAAAAACAGUUUACAGCAUCCUUCGCCAUGUUGCUGAGGUUUUGGAAUACACAAAGGAUGAACAGCUGGAGAGCCUGUUCCAGAGAACUGCUUGGGUAUUUGAUGACAAGUAUAAAAGGCCUGGAUAUGGUGCAUAUGAUGCUUUCAAGCAUGCAGUUUCGGAUCCUGCAAUCCUUGAUGGACUGGAUCUGACAGAAGAUGAGAAGCGUGUGCUAAUUGAUAAUAUCAAUAGGCGCCUGACACCACAAGCAGUCAAAAUCCGAGCAGAUAUUGAAGUUGCCUGUUAUGGCUACGAGGGUAUUGAUGCAGUGAAAGAAGCUCUUAGAGCUGGCCUGUGCUGUUCUACAGAAAGCAUGCCUAUCAAAAUUAAUCUGAUAGCUCCUCCUCGAUAUGUGAUGACCACAACCACACUGGAGAGGACUGAAGGCCUUUCUGUCCUUAGCCAAGCCAUGGCUGUUAUCAAAGAAAAGAUUGAAGAGAAGAGGGGAGUCUUCAAUGUGCAGAUGGAACCCAAGGUGGUUACUGACACUGAUGAGACUGAGCUUGCAAGACAGCUGGAAAGAUUGGAGCGUGAGAAUGCUGAAGUGGAUGGAGAUGAUGAUGCCGAGGAGAUGGAAGCAAAAACUGAAGACUAAAUUGCAUGGGAUUAAAGAAAAGGGUUGCAAUUACACAAACACCAGCCAGUGACAACACUUUUGAGUGAUAAGGUGUCUGAUAUUGAAAACUCCGCAAGAAAAGACUUAAAUAUUUUCAAAUUUUAAUGAGACCAAAUUUUGAAGAACCAAGAAACCAUCUGCUAUCUGCUUCUAAAGUGCUGCUUAACUUCCUCAAAGGGAAGAUGCUUCUCUCUGAAGAUGUAAUUCCCUUCCCCACAAUAAACCAGGCAUUGUCUAAAGGUUGUAUUUACUAUCUUCAUAUCUAACAAAUCAAGAUGGGCAACCAUUCAGUAUGUCUGGUAAUGAAGUUUCUGGAAAUUAAACCACCUCCACAGACUUCUCAUGCAAAUAUUCAAUAAAUUUCUUGGGUAUUUAUCUAGGCUUUUCUUCCUCUUUUUACAUUCUUAAGAGAGUUGUAAUGCACAUAGGGGCAAAGGUCUUACUGCUAAAGGCGAAAUAAAGUCAAUUUAACUGCCA